GCAAGCGCGCAAUCUUCGGGUCGACAUUGGGGCUUGCGCACAUUUUUAAGUUGGCAUUUCAAUAUUCAAGCAUUGAAGCGGCUGCAUUUCUAACGCACUUUAAAAUAUUUACCCACUUAAAGAAUAUCAGUAGCGUUAGCCGUAGUAUAUCUUUAUAACAGAAAAUAAGAUACACAAUCAGCAAAAUGUUUUGGGGACUUAUUAUGGAGCCAAACAAGCGGUAUACACAAAUCGUGGAUAAGCCAUUCCACAUUUCACACGCUGCAAUGGACAUAUCAACUGGAGAUAACGAACCAUGCCAAGUAAUGAUCGUUGUCGAUGGCAAAAACUUCUUAGUAUGCACAUUACAAAAGAAACAGUCUAUUCAGAUGCCACUUGACCUAUACUUCAAGACUGGUGAAAAUGUAGCUUUUUUGACUAAUGGAAAGUGCAAUGUGCAUUUGACUGGUUAUGUGGAUCCUGAAUUUGAUGAUGAAAUAUCUGAGGAUGAAGGCGAAGAAGAGGAAGAGGAAUCCGAGGAACAACAGGAUGCAAAACCAGCGAAAAACAAAAGGAAGUUAGAACUUAGCGGGGAAUCACAAGCUAAAAAACUGAAGAAGGGCCAAAAAGCAGCUGCUGCUGAUGACAGUUCAGAGUCAGAUGAAAACAAUGACCAAUUGCAGAAGUUCCUUAAUGGAGAAGAUAUUGAUAGUGAUGAAAAUGAUGAGUCAUUCAAAGUAAAUACAUCUGCAGAGGCUGACAGUGAUGAAGAGGAGAGUGAUGAUGAUGAAGAAGAGGAAGCAGAGGAAGAGGAAGAAGAGGAUGAGGAAGAUGAGGCUGAGACAUCUAAAGCAUCAUCCAUGGACACAAGCAAAGAUGAUAGCCAGGUUGACAUGAGUAAGCUCACCAAAAACCAAAAGAAACGUCUGAAAAAGAAACUACAGAAAGAAAAGCAGGUGCAAGUGAAUGGUGUUGAUAAGGCUAAGAAAGAAAAGCCGGAGGCUCAAAAACAAGAAAAAAAGAAGCCAGAAGGCAAAAAAGAAAAAGAGUCCCCAGUAGUUGCUACUGAAAAAAAGGAAAAGAAAUCGCUCAGUGGUGGUGUUUUUGUUGAAGACAUUAAAGUAGGCUCUGGACCUGUAGCCAAACCUGGCAAAACUGUAAUGGUGUAUUAUGAAGGAAGAUUAAAACAAAACAACAAGAUGUUUGACAACUGUGUAAAGGGACCUGGAUUUAAGUUCAGAUUAGGUGGAAAAGAGGUGAUUGCAGGAUGGGAUGUUGGUGUUGCUGGUAUGAAAGUUGGUGGCAAGAGGAAAAUUGUCUGUCCACCCGCUAUGGCGUAUGGUGCUAAAGGAUCACCUCCAGUUAUUCCACCAAAUUCAACCCUAGUUUUUGAAGUAGAACUUAAGAAUGUUAAAUAAAAAGUUAAGAUCCCUAGUUUUAUGUUACUGUUUGAUUAUUAUAUAAUAUUGACACACUCAGAGUGUGGAGAACGUUCCAGAGUUGCCAUUUGUCAUCUUUUAAAGUGUAAAAGCUUGUUUUUCAUAAUCAUUCUUUUAAGUGAUUUAUUUCUUAGCAUAACAUUCUUGAUAUCUGUAAGUGCACAGAUUUUUAGAUAAAUGUCAAUUCCUAUUUUGUCAACAAUGAAGACAUGAACUCAGUUUUGGAAAACUGUUAAAUGUGACAUUAGUGUAGCUAGUUUAUUUGUCUUAAAUACAAAGUGAUUAUAUUUAAGUUUAUAUUUGCUUACAUUUUUGGUGUAUUUAGCCUGUCUUAAAUCUGGUGUCUUUAACUGAUAGGUUAAUGUAAUGCUCUAAUAACUCUUAAUUGACAUAAACUAAGCAGAAAUAAAUUCGAUUAAAUAUG